AUGUACCACAAGUCCAUGUUCCCCGACCUCCCUGUCGUGCCAGAGGCUAAUGUCCACCACCUGCUCUUUGAUCGGCCAGACCAGCAGGCCUGGCCAGAUUAUACGUUAUACGUGAAUGCGACCACUGGUAAACGGUGGUCUUUCCGUCAAUUCGUUGAGCGUGUGCGCGAUGGGGCCACCGCUCUCGGAGCUGACAUCGAGCAAGGUGGUCUCGGUAUCUCCCUUGAGAAGGGUGAGAUCGUCGGGAUCCUAAGCGAAAACUCCCUGGACUAUAUUGCAUUAUUGCACUCUCUGUUGGCGAUUGCAGUGCCUUUCGCUAUGAUUUCUGGGUACUCGACUCCCUUCGAAUUCAAACAUGCUGUGUCACUGUCGCAGGCGACCCGGAUCUUUGUCAGCCCCUCAUUACUACCCCUUGCUUUGACCUCAGGUCUCCCAGAGGACCGGGUCUACCUGCUGGAAGGUCACAUCGAAGGCCGCUUGAGUUAUGAAGACCUUGUCAACCGCGCUCGACGAAAUAGAAUACCGCGCUUGCCUGUACAGCAUGCCACGCGAAACACUUUGGCAUAUCUGGUUUUCUCGAGCGGAACAAGUGGUCUUCCCAAAGCGGUUAUGAUAUCCCAUGGAAACCUAACGAAUUCACUCCUUCAGGUUAAGGUUGUAACAGAAGAGGUGAACAAGUUCCAGAAACCACCCGUUUGGAAUGGUCCCGACGGCAUGCAGGUGCUAUUUAACGUUCUUCCGAUACACCAUACGUAUGGUUUGCAUAUAUCAUGUUUUCGGGUGUUCUUUUCGCCACUCACCGUUGUCUUACUCCCGAAAUGGGACGUCAAUACCUUCCUCAACGCCAUUCCUAAGUAUCGCGCCACCACUUUAUACCUUGUUCCUUCUUUGGUCCAUCAGCUCGUACAUCGUCCUGAGUUCGAGGCCGCCGACUUUAGCACCGUCCAAGUUGUGCAUUGCGGAGCUGCCUAUUUGCCUGUGUCGCUUUCGGAAGCACUGCUUUCUCGUUUUACGGGCCUUGAGCGGAUAGGUGAAGGCUAUGGGAUGUCUGAAAGCACAAUAUCUAUUGCUAACAAACCCAUUCCCGGCGUACUUAACGGGCGGGCAAAAAACAAGCCAGGCUCCACAGGCGUCCUGCUUCCUGGCGUUGAGGUUAAGGUAGUGCGUGAGGACGGAACACUGGCCGGAGUGAACGAACCGGGAGAGCUACACGUUCGAUCGGGAUGUGUUGCGCUUGGAUACCGUAAUAAUCCGAAAGCAACCAAUGAAACGUUCGUCGAUGGAUGGCUUCGGACCGGUGAUAGGAUACGAAUUGAUGAAGACGGCGUGUUGUUCUUCGAGGAUAGAGCAAAGGAUACACUCAAGGUCUCGGGAUUGCAAGUCUCUCCUGUAGAGAUCGAGAACACGCUCUUGGUGCACCCAGAUAAACUCAUUAUUGACGCAUCAGUUGCGGGUGUGAGUGGUGGACGCACCCUUGACGAGCGGAUACCCCGGGCGUGGGUCGUGCUGUCUCCUGAGGGUCACAAAUUGGGAGCUGCUGCAACAAUAGCAAAGCUCCACGUAUGGGUGCGCGAGUCGUUGAGUAAAUAUAAAUGGCUCCGCGGAGGUAUUGAGGUGGUCGAUAUGAUCCCAAAAUCACCCACAGGAAAGGUAUUAAGGAGACAGCUGGUAGAGAAAUAUGAGCACGAGCAGAAGGCAGUUAAGGCCAAACUUUAG